UUUUUAAUUUACAAAUUUCCGCAAGAAUCUUGAAAUACGGAAGUGUCUGUCUGUUAAAAUCUUUUCGUGUUUUAUUUCUGUGUGUAGUGUAGCAAAUUAAAAAAAAAUUGUACGGUUUUGUUGUGUGGUCAAGGCCAAGCGUAAUUUCAACAAUAAACAACAACUGCUAGCGAGUUAGUUUGGGUUGGUGGUACCACAUAUCAAAAGAUUUUUCCUUAAAUUUGACUAAACAAAUAUAAAAAGACAACUUUACAAAUGGCUUCUACGGCAGUACCUCCUUCAGCUCCUCCACCACCAGCUGGUCCAGCUAAAGUAGGUUUACCUUCGAAAAUUUACAAUGGUUUAAUAGGUGCCGUUGACAAACAUGUGCCUGCUAAAUUACGUCCUUUAUGGAAUCAUCCAGCUGGUCCCAAAACUGUAUUCUUUUGGUCGCCUAUGUUUAAAUGGGGUCUUGUGGUAGCCGGCUUAAGUGAUUUGGCACGUCCUGCCGAAACUCUAUCAGUUUCACAAUGUGGUGCCUUAGCUGCGACUGGUAUAAUCUGGUCGCGUUAUUCUCUAGUGAUUAUACCCAAAAAUUGGAGUCUAUUUUCGGUGAAUUUAUUUGUGGCCAUAGUGCAAUCUGUACAACUGGGACGUGCCUAUUUGUAUCAAAAGGAAAAAUCUGAAAAAGAAGCGGCAGCGGCAGCAGCAGGAGCAGCUGUUACAUCCAAAACACCCGCCUUAGAAACUGCUAAGAAGUAAAUUAAUAAAAUUUUAUUUUUUCUAACAAUCCAUAUGGAAUUUAGUUUGUAUGUAGUGUGCAACGUUGUCGAGUCGAGGUGCUAAAACGUUUAGUAAAUAAACGAUUUUAAAGUGAUAUUUUAAAUAUUUACAUUAGCAAAAAAAAAAACACGUUUUUAAACUUUUCUCCUCAAAACAACUUGAUAAGUUUAAUAACAAAUAGCACAAUUUUUGUUUUUAUAGUUUAUAUAUAUAUAUAUAAAAGAAAUCUAUAAUAAUUAAGUUAUCCAUUAGUUGUACUAAUUUUUUGUUUAUUUUUGUAAUUUUCUUCUUUUAAUUUUAUCCACCAAAAGUUGCCUCUAUUGACCAUUCUUGUUCAAAGAACUAAUUAUUAUAAAAAUAUACAUAUAAAUUGUUUAAUUUAA